UUCGCGUCAAAUCGGUGGCUGUUUCUGGGAGCGUUUGGUGGCUUGUCCUCCUAGUUGAGGCGACAAAUCCUAUUAAAACAUGACUUGUUAUCGGGAACAGGGGAAGGUGCUCUGCUUCUGUGUGGCGUUGCGCGAAGAGGGAAGGGUUCGGUGGGAGGAGGAGGUGGAGGAGGAGGCGACGGCUGGGGGGAUGAGAAUAACUGACUACCUCCAGGAGAGCAACGAGGACGAGGUGGAGGGACCGAUAAGUGCGAAAAGGCGAGAGCUUUUCUUGUGUCUGCCUCCUUUCGCCUCCCCCAUUGCCGCUUCUUCUGCUUCUCCCGAUGCUUAUUCGCCUCGGAGUCUUCUCUCCCGGUUGCUCCUCCCUCUGCGUCGGCCGUCGCCGGUCCAAACCGGUGGUGGCAGCGGCGAUGGUGAGGAACGGUUGGGUUGCCGGGUGCGGUUCCGAAGGCGCGGUUCUAAUAAUAGGAAGAGAAGAAAUCGGAGAGGGGCGGAGGAAAAAGGGAAGGUUGCCUUGGAGGUGGAGGAGCCGGCAGUGGAGGCCAGCGGAGGGAGGAGUGCGCCGGAGGUCUCCGGCGAGAGCAGUACGGAGCUCGCCAUUAAUUCUGGAAAGAAGAGUGAUGAACUCUCUUUAAAUCUAGGAAUGGGAGUAGGUCUGGUCUUUCUCCUAGCAAGGAGUGUCACUGAAAUCAAUAAGAUGGUGGAACUGCGGGAAGAAAUGGAGAUUUUACUUAAAGACAUAAAGGACGAAGCUCAGAAGAAAGAUGCAUCUUCUAACUGUGCACAGUCUAAAAAUCAUAAUUUCUUUCAAGAUGAUAAAGUUUCAUUCGAUUUAGAGAGAGUACAGCAUGCCAUGGAACCUGAGGCUGAGGUACAAUCGAGGUUUGUUAGGACUACAGGGAGCAGAAUAUGCCUCAUGGAUAAAAUGGAAGCAGAAUUGCAAGUUGAAUUAGAAUGUUUGCAAUGUACCGUCGAAGCCAAAAGUCUAUCACUUCAUCAAGAUCAAGAAAGAGUUGAGUUGGUUCCUGAGGAUGCUGAUCCUUCUGAGAGCUUGGACGGAAGCUUAGCCAAAGCCUAUGAAGUUUCUGAUGAAGCCAGCGGUAUCCAAUGUGCAGUUUCUGCGCAAGAGCUGACAAAGAAGCUUAAUCAGCUUCUAGAGAUGAGGCAACAGGAGGGUAUCACCGAGCUAGAGUCUUCCUUCGACCACACUGGCUACAGUAAUGGCGAUCUUGCUGAGAAUCUCUGUGACGAUAAUGGAGAAGUAACUGAAAUUAAUGAGGAAGACAGUGGCAAUUACUACGGGGUUUCUGCACAGGAGCUGGAGAGAAGACUACAUGAGCUCCUUGAAACAAGACAGCAGGAGAGGAUAGCAGAGCUGGAGUCUGCAUUAGAGUGCGCUGAGAGAAAGCUCCAUGAGAAAGAAAGAGAGAUCUGCUGGUGGAGGGACACCACAAGUCUGGUCUCACAGCAUAAGAACGAGGAACUUAAUAGGUAAAUUCGGCAGUAGUGUUGUUACUAUUGUUGCAUAUGGUUUCAUAACUUGUAUUCAGGCAAGCAGCUGAAAAGGACAGACUGAAAUGAGCUUUUCCAGUAACUACAGAGUUAUGGUUUACAAGAUAUCAAAUGAUGAAGAUUGUUGAUGUAGAUUGGCUCAAAUGAGGAAUUCAAGCAGAUGGAACCAGAUCUUGUUUGAUGUUUGUGUUUGGCAUGUACUUGAGUGAUGUCCAUGUUUCCUUUAUUUCUGGGUGUCAAAGAGUUGGGUUUUUCUGUAGCAUCCAUGCUUUGUUAACAUCAAAGUUUCUUUGAUGAA